AUCUGUAUAAGUUGUGUGUGUAUAUCCAUAAUUAAAAGAGAAGAAAGAGCUUCUUUGCUUUGAAGGGAGCUCCACCAUCUACUCUUAUGCUUAUCAGAGCUUGUCUCCUGGCCUAGGUAGCUUCAUGAUUGUACACAAUUGGCCUCAAGCUCUUAUAUAUUUGCACAAAUGGUCUAUCAAGAUCAAUUCAUAAACAUUUAAGAUAUGGAAGUACAUUACGAGCUUAAAGCCAUUGUUUACUCAACAUUAUUCAUUCUUGCAAUGCUUCUCCACCGUGCUUCCUGCUUUGAGUCCGAGGAAAUUACAAGGAUUUAUGGCAAUGAUGAGCUGGAAGAAGAUCCAUGGUCCAUGGUGCAGAGAAGUGGGACCCAAUUCAUGGUAGAUGGGCAUCCGUUUUAUUUGAACGGGUUCAACACUUACUGGCUGAUGGUUCUUUCGGUGGAUGAGUCGACACGAGUGAAGGUGAGCGAAGUUUUUCAACAGGCUUCUGCUGUGGGGCUCUCUGUUUGCAGGACUUGGGCUUUCAAUGAUGGCCAGUGGCGGGCCCUUCAGAAAUCUCCUUCUGUUUACGACGAACAAGUUUUUAAGGGCCUGGAUUUUGUCAUAAGUGAAGCAAAAAAGUACAAAAUAAGGCUUAUGUUGUCCCUAGUCAACAACUGGGAAGCGUACGGCGGGAAAAAACAGUACGUGAAAUGGGGAAAUGAUGCCGGACUCAACUUGACGUCUGAUGAUGACUUCUUUUCUCACCCGACUAUUAAGACGUAUUACAAGAAUCAUGUUCAUACGGUGCUAAACAGAGUUAAUACUAUAACGAACAUAACCUAUAAAGAAGACCCAACCAUUUUCGCAUGGGAACUAAUGAACGAGCCGCGGUGUGAAUCAGAUCCCUCUGGAAAUAAGUUGCAGGGUUGGAUAGAAGAAAUGGCAGUGUAUGUGAAAAGCAUUGAUCCCAAGCAUUUGGUGGAGAUUGGGCUCGAAGGCUUCUAUGGACUUUCGACUCCUAAUAAAGUUCAAUACAACCCAAAUACUUACGCUCAGCAAGUUGGGACUGACUUCAUCCGCAACCAUCAAGUUCUUGGGGUUGAUUUUGCUUCUGUUCACAUCUAUCCAGAUUCUUGGAUAUCUCAAUCAAUUACGAAAGCGCAUAUUGAAUUCACAAAAUCAUGGAUGCAAGCUCACAUUGAUGAUGCCGAGACAUUUCUGGACAUGCCGGUAGUUUUUUCAGAGUUUGGCGUCUCUAGAAAAGACCCCGGUUACAAUUUGACUUACCGGGAUAACCUCAUAAGCACAGUGUACAAUACCCUUUUGAAUUCUACCAAGAAAGGAGGCGGUGGAGGAGGUAGCCUGUUAUGGCAGGUUUUUCCCGAGGGCACAGAGUACAUGGACGAUGGAUAUGCCAUUGUUCUUUCAAAGUCACCUUCAACAUCAAAUAUCAUAUCUGUUCAGUCCAAAAGGUUGAGUAUCUUCAAUUCCGUUUGUUCUCGGAGAUGCCGAUGGGCCUGCAAGAAAAAGCAUGCCUUUGAAAACUCGGUGUAUGAUGAUGAGCUUUGAUGGAAUUAAUUGUGCUUUGUGUCAAAGUGUCCUGAGGAAUGUGUAUCAGUAAUGUAUGUAUCAUUCUGAAAGAUGAACUUAUUAUAUUUUUCUUUUAACAAGGAAAUAUGGCAAUAAGAUCUUGGAUUAGCUGGAUAUCCUACAUUUAUUGGAUUCUUGAUGAAAUGUUAGCUGAGGGAGGGAGAUAAUAAGCCAUGAGUUGAGAUCAGUGAGUCCCAUUUUGGCCUGUAGAAGGCACUUAAUUUUUUCCUUUUCGUCUCACAACAAUUUCUCAGCAAUCCCAUCGUGUCUUUCGCAACAACCCAAUUCGCGACAUGUACGAUUGCCUUCCUACCGUCAAUCGCUCUCUUCAAUUUUCAUUACAAACACAUAAAUUUCGAUAUAUCACUUGUUCCAAAUUGGGCAAGCCCGCGAAACGUUCAGUUCCCGAAUCUAGUCUUGAAAGGGCUUCGUUCAGUAUAAACUCUGUACCAAAUAGGCUCGCGAUCGCAUUCCCAUGGGACGAACGUGAAUAUGAAGAGUCCCCAGCUUCUGGGCUCAUGGAGAAAGGGUGUGUCCGUGAUAUUCGACUCAGCAGAGAUCAAAAUGGGGAAAGUGCACUAGAAAUGGCGAGACCGCCCGUAGAAAGUGGAAUUCGUGAAGAAACAGAGGGUUUGAGCGAUGGCGAGGUUUUCAAUUUUAGGGUACAAAAGAAAGCGAACAAAUUGAGUGAAAUUGAUAGCUCUGCAGAAAAGGAGAUGGAGAGAGGCGGCCAUGGCGGGCGAGGGGAGUUGAGUACGAGCAGCAGGAGACAAAUGAUGGGGAGAUCAAAUGUUAUGGCUAAGCAAGUUAUCAGCAUUCGAUCAGCUCUCAGUUUAGGUUUUGUCUCACAGCUUUGGGUGCACACAAGUUCAGCUUUUAGAAAGGAGCUACAGAAACUUUUGCAUGACUCGUUUGGUAACGGUGAGGUGCAGUUUGGUUCUGCAAUUUUGAUAACACAGUUUUUGUGUUACUUUAAGUGGGUCGUGAUGGCUGUGGAAGUGAAGCCAAACUUACUAUCAGGUGCAUUUGAGAGGUUUCUUUUCAAGGAGAUCCGACAUGUGGGGGAUGUUAUUUUUGUUGAGGAAGAGAAUGUGAUUGAAGUUGAUAUAAAAUCUGUUGGGUUAGAGACAUUGGUAGGAUACAGCGUGGUAACCACAAAUGGUCAACGUAUUGGCAAGGUGCGCGGCUACAGUUUUAGUAUCAACUCGGGCAGAGUUGAGUCCCUUGAGCUCGAUUCAUUUGGAAUCUCCAUCAUCCCAUCAAGUUUGGUAAGCACAUAUGCUGUAUUCGUGGAAGACGUAGUGAAAGUUUCUAGUGACACGGUUUUUGUACACGAAACUGCUGCUUUAUCACGAGUACACAGGCUGACUAAGGGUAUAUGGAAUGGCCAGAAUGCAGGCAUCUCAAACAACAAGUUUGAUCAACAUGUAAAUUAUUACACCGAAAAGCAAAGAAAGAAAUCGACAAGCAAAAGACGCGGCUCAAAGAUUAGAAGGAACCCAGAUAAUUGGGAGUUGCCCAUGGAUUAUUUAUAGUAGUUCAAACAAGUUUUGUGAGGGAUAACCAGGCUCUUUAUCUAUAUGUGUGUGUGUGUGUGUGUG